CCGAUUAAUCCGUUCCCAAAUGACUUGAUCUUAAUCGGUCGUACCGGUCCGGUUAACCGUUACACGCGGCCUAGGCCGGUUCCCGUCCCAACCCAGCCCUUACUAUCGGUCAGGUCCGGUCUAAAACCGGUCCAGUUUGACACUUGAAAUCGGGGAGUUGGAGCCGGUGAGGGUCUGUGUAUGACAGAGGUUUUUCUUUUCUUCAUCCCCGCUCUCGUCCUUUCAUCACUGCAGUGCUUAUACGCUCUCCUAUAAACCAAACUCCCUAAAUCCCAUAUCCAGCGAGCUUCUUUCUCGUCAUCUCAACUUCCAACAUAGCAGCAAAAGCCCUACUCCUUUGAGGUGCUUACUUGAGUUCGAAUGGUGGACUGAUUCUUGGCCAGCUCUGGUAUCGUGUUAAUAUUUGACUCUUCAAAGUUUUGGAACUUUGGAGAUAUUGGAUACUUAUGUUUGAUAUUUAUGGAUGACCAUACUGUACAGCCACUUCCACCUGGAGUUUCUAUGUCAAAUUCUUCACCGCGUGUGCCAACUUUUAAUCCUGCAGGCCAUUUGCCUCACUCCUUUCAGACAAGUGCUAAUUCUCAUUACAGUGCUGGCAAUGGCGAUGUCACUCUUUUCCCUGUUGUCCCUUCUAUUCAACCUCGCUAUGAAACUUGUCUUACCUCUGGACAAGAGUCUUCUGAGGCUAUACUCAAUACAUUGCCGUCCAAUUUGGAAUCUGUUAACGGAUUAAAGUUGCAGCCACAAAGUACUAAUGAUCUUGAGAGUGCUGCUCAGAAUGCUGUUUUGCAUGAACAGGAAAUUGCAGCCCAGAAAGUAAUACAAAGUCAAAGAGAAGCAAUGCCUGCAAGCGGACCUGAGAAUAGUUCAGAUUUUUUCUCUGGUCGACAUGACCCAAAUGCUUUAAAGGAGCAUUUACUCCAAAUGACGGCAGAGCAUCGAGUGCAAAUGGCCUUAAAGCGUGGCAAGGCGACACAGCCCGAGGAAGGUAAUGUGGAAAUUGGAAAUGGAUAUGGUGUGCCAGGUGGAGGUGCUUAUUACAGUGCUUCAAAUCCUGAUGUCUCGAUCUCCAAGACAAAUACAAUCACUGGUCACAGAACAAAUCAACAUGGUACAGAGCCUAGUGGGAGUUCCGGACAUAAUUCUGUUGGUAAAGAGUUGCCUGAAUACCUCAAGCAGAAGUUGAGGGCUCGAGGUAUUCUGAAGAUUGAUUCAGAAAUAGAGAAGCAUGCCAUAUCAAACAAUAGCUCAAAGGCACAGUUAUCAAAGACAUCAGAUGCCAAUUUGCCUGUGGGAUGGAUUGAAGCCAGGGACCCUGCAAGUGGUGCUUUGUACUAUUAUAACGGAAGUUCUGGGAAAAGUCAGUGGGAAAGACCUACUGAGGCUCUUGCACUAGUUUCUUGGGGGCAUUCAGUACUUCCUGAAUUUUGGCAGGAGGUUUUUGAUGAAUCAACUGGUCAAAAGUAUUACUAUAACGCAAAGACGAAUGUAUCCCAAUGGGAGCAUCCUUCUAAACCACAGCAGGUUCCCAUGCAGCACCAUGAUAGAGCAGUUGUAAGCAAUGCAACUAAUAUAACUUGGGGUGAUCAAGAUUCCACAUUCCGGAGAUGCAUUGAAUGUGGUGGAUGGGGCGUGGGCCUUGUACAGUCGUGGGGUUAUUGCAAACACUGCACUAGAGUUCUCAAGCUUCCUCAAAGCCACUAUCUGUCAGCAAAUGUGGAGAGACAACAACAAACUUCUGGCUAUGCAGGUGCCACGGAAGACACUGAGAAAAGGUCCAGUUCCAAACCACCAAUGGGUAAAAGUAACAAAAAAGACAAACGGAAACGCACAUAUGAUGAGGAUGACGAACUGGAUCCCAUGGAUCCAAGCUCUUAUUCCGAUGCUCCUAGGGGCGGUUGGGUUGUAGGUCUCAAAGGAGUGCAGCCACGGGCAGCAGAUACCACUGCAACGGUAUGUUGACUGCCUUUCAAGUUAAUGAAUAAGGCUAAACUUGUCUUAACUCUG